CUGCCUUCCUAGGGCAUGUGGGGUGAGACAGAAGGCUCUCUGUGGGAAGUGGCCAUGAUGAUAUUAACCGUGUUCUUGAGCAACAACGAACAGAUUUUAACAGAAGUUCCUAUAACACCGGAAACAACCUGUCGAGAUGUUGUAGAAUUUUGCAAGGAACCUGGAGAAGGUGGAUGCCAUUUAGCUGAAGUGUGGAGGGGGAAUGAGCGCCCCAUACCCUUCGACCACAUGAUGUAUGAGCACCUGCAGAAGUGGGGGCCUCGAAGGGAAGAAGUGAAGUUUUUUCUUCGACAUGAGGACUCUCCAACUGAGAGCAGUGAACAAGGUGGCCGUCAGGCUCAAGAGCAGAGAACUCAGAGAAAUGUAAUAAAUGUACCUGGAGAAAAACGUACUGAAAAUGGGGUUGGGAAUCCACGAGUCGAACUCACCCUAUCAGAGCUCCAGGAUAUGGCAGCCAGGCAACAGCAACAAAUUGAAAAUCAACAACAAAUGUUGGUGGCCAAGGAACAGCGUUUACACUUUCUAAAACAACAGGAGCGUCGCCAGCAGCAGUCUGUUUCUGAAAACGAGAAGCUUCAGAAGUUGAAAGAACGAGUUGAAGCCCAAGAAAACAAGCUGAAGAAAAUUCGUGCCAUGAGAGGACAAGUUGAUUACAGCAAAAUUAUGAACGGCAAUCUGUCUGCUGAAAUAGAAAGAUUCAGUGCCAUGUUCCAGGAGAAGAAGCAGGAAGUACAGACUGCAAUUUUAAGAGUUGAUCAGCUUAGUCAGCAGUUGGAAGAUUUAAAGAAAGGAAAACUGAAUGGAUUCCAGUCUUACAACGGCAAGUUGACAGGACCUGCAGCAGUGGAGUUGAAGAGACUGUACCAGGAGCUGCAGAUUCGUAACCAGCUCAACCAGGAACAGAAUUCAAAACUGCAGCAACAGAAGGAGCUCUUAAAUCAGCGCAACGUGGAAGUGGCCCUCAUGGACAAGCGCAUCAGUGAGCUACGCGAGCGUCUCUACGGCAAGAAGAUCCAGCUAAACCGUGUGAACGGCACAUCGUCACCGCAGUCGCCCCUGAGCACGUCCGGCAGAGUUGCUGCUGUGGGGCCUUACAUCCAAGUCCCCAGUGCUGGAACCUACCCUGUCCCGGGGGACCCUGUGAAGCCCCAGUCUCUCACUGUUGCCUCAAGCGCUGCGCACGGGAGAUCUAAAUCUGAUGGCCACAGUAGACCCAGAGUGACCAGCACAUGGACAGUGUCAGACCUGGACGUCGGGCCCAGCUACGUCCUCUCACAACACUCUGCAAGCCCCCUUGUAAACCCUAAUGAUGGCAACUGGCCUACAUUAAAGCAGAAUUCCGGCUCUUCGGUAAAGCCAGCGCAGAUGGCAGGCACAGACUGGAAGGAGCCAGGCAUGGAGGGGGCCCUGAAGCAGGGCGCCAUCUCGAGCCAGCCUCUGCCCUUAUCGGCGCUAGGAGCCACAGAGAAGCUGGGCAUCGAGAUUGGCAAAGGGCCACCUCCCAUCCCUGGCAUAGCCAAACCGCUGCCUCCAAGCUAUGGGACAUACCCAAGCCCUACACCCCUGGGCCCAGGGUCGACCAGUUCUCUGGAGAGAAGGAAAGAGGGGAGCUUGCCCCGACCCAGUGCAGGCCCACCAAGUCGGCAGAAACCCGCCCCACUGCCCCCAGCAGGCAGCACCACCCAGCCUGGCUCCUCACAGCAGAUUCAGCAGAGGAUUUCUGUGCCACCAAGUCCCACCUACCCACCAGCAGGGCCACCUGCAUUUCCAGCCGGAGAUGGCAAACCUGAACUCCCACUGACGGUGGCCAUUAGACCUUUUCUGGCUGAUAAAGGGUCAAGACCACAGUCUCCUAGGAAAGGACCCCAGACGGUCAAUUCAAGUUCCAUAUACUCCAUGUACCUCCAGCAAGCCACGCCACCUAAGAAUUACCAGCCCGCGGUGCACGGCGCCUUGAACAAGUCAGUGAAAGCAGUAUAUGGCAAGCCCGUCUUACCGUCAGGGUCGACAUCUCCAUCACCCUUACCGUUUCUCCACGGGUCCUCACAGCCCCAGCCGUCUUCAGAAUGUGCGGAGAAAGAGCCCGAGCCGGAGGGCCCAGCCGCACCUGGCGAGGGCAGCGCGGUGGAGAGCCUCCCGCGGCCCCUCAGCCCCACCAAGCUCACACCCAUCGUACACUCGCCACUGCGCUAUCAGAGCGACGCGGACCUGGAGGCCCUGCGCCGGAAGCUGGCCAACGCGCCCCGGCCCCUCAAGAAGCGCAGUUCCAUCACAGAACCUGAGGGCCCUGGCGGGCCCAACAUCCAGAAGCUGCUAUACCAGCGCUUCAACACGCUGGCUGGGGGCAUGGAGGGCACACCAUUCUACCAGCCCAGCCCGUCCCAGGACUUUGUGGGCACUUUGGCUGACAUGGACAAUGGAAAUACCAAUGCCAACGGCAACCUGGAUGAGCCCACCCCAGCCCAGCCCACGGUCCCACUAUCUGACGAGCCUGCCCCCUCCUCAGAUGCCAACGAUAACGAGCUACCUUCCCCUGAACCGGAGGAGCUCAUCUGCCCACAAACAACCCCCCAAACUGUGGAGCCUACAGAGGACAAUAACAACAAUGUAGCCACAGUCCCCUCCACAGAGCAGAUCCCCAGCCCGGUGGCCGAGGCUCCAUCUCCAGUGGAAGAGCAAAUCCCCCUGGCAGCUCUGCCCCCUGUCAUCCACCCUCCGGCAGCCUCUGUGAGUAAACGGACCAACCUGAAGAAGCCCAACUCAGAGCGGACAGGGCACGGGCUGAGAGUGCGCUUCAAUCCCCUGGCGCUGCUUCUAGACGCUUCCUUGGAAGGCGAGUUUGACCUGGUGCAGAGGAUCAUCUAUGAGGUGGAGGACCCCAGCAAGCCCAACGACGAGGGGAUCACCCCAUUGCACAAUGCCGUCUGUGCUGGCCACCACCACAUCGUCAAGUUCCUGCUGGACUUCGGGGUCAAUGUGAACGCUGCUGACAGCGACGGAUGGACGCCGCUGCACUGCGCCGCCUCCUGCAACAGCGUGCACCUGUGCAAGCAGCUGGUGGAGAGCGGCGCGGCCAUCUUUGCCUCGACUAUCAGUGACAUCGAGACUGCUGCGGACAAAUGCGAAGAGAUGGAGGAAGGCUACAUCCAGUGCUCUCAGUUCCUCUAUGGAGUUCAGGAGAAACUGGGAGUAAUGAACAAAGGCGUGGUGUACGCCCUCUGGGACUACGAGGCCCAGAACAGCGACGAGCUGACUUUCCAUGAAGGGGAUGCCAUCACCGUCCUGAGACGCAAGGACGAAAGCGAGACUGAGUGGUGGUGGGCUCGCCUUGGGGACCGGGAAGGCUACGUGCCCAAAAACCUGCUGGGGUUAUAUCCACGGAUCAAGCCCCGGCAGCGAACGCUUGCCUAAACUUCCCCUCGGAGCACCCAGGAGCCGCUGGAGGCGAUUCUGCUGUCCCCAGGAGAACUGCAGCUGGGGCGGCCUCACGGUGCUCACGUUGGCAGACAGCGUCCACAAUGUGAAUUCCCACAUCUCCCAGGUGAGGCCCCUUCUCCAGUCUGACCGUUAACUGGGAGAGGUACUUUUGCCUCCAAGACUGAAUUUUGCCAAUGACUACAAAUCCAAAUAAAUACUCAGCUUUCAGAACACCUACCCCUGUCGCCAGUAAGAAGCCCUGUCAUUGUCCUGACCCCUGGUUGGCUGCCCAUGAAGAUAAGCUCUGACCGCCAGUGCUAGAUGUUGCCCCACCCACAGUGGAUCUGCCUUCUCCUCCUCCUCCCUCUCCAUCAUCCUUCCCUUUCGCGACCAAAGGAGUCCUGGGUAGAAACUGUCUGAUGCGUGUGUCCUCUAGGGCCCCCUGCAGGCUGAUUUGGGGGUGCUGCUUCCUGCUGACCCUGUGCCAGUCUUCCAUGCCCCAGGAUGUGUGAUCCUUUGGCCCCUAAGCCUUUAGCUGCACAGCCAGAAUUCAUUCCCAGUGAGUGCAGAGACCCUGGAGUCUGUGGCACCAUGGGGCAGGGCUUAGGAGGACAGGGCUGGGCCGCUGGAGGAAGUUCGCUGGCGCUCGAUGGGCAGCAGCUGCUGGCUUGCCCGGACACAGUGCCUGAGCUCCAGGUAUCUGCGUGCCAUGCCACAGGCCCUGCCCCAGCCUGCACUGUGGAUGGGCCUUUUAGACACCAACACGGCUGUCCCCUGGACCACUCCAGACUGCCAGAGCUGCAUUGGAAGAGUUUUUUCUCAUUAAAACACAGACCCCAGGCUUUCCUUUCCAUGUGUGGUCUUGUGCAUAUCUGUGUAUAAACACGUGGAGAUUCAUGGGUGCAGCGCCGCCAUCGUCACUCUGAGCGGUGACUCACCAGGAUGUGGGGCCAAGCACCCUGUGCCCUGCACUGCUGAUGCCGUGUCAAUGUGCACAAUAAACUGCUGUCUGGCA